GAUUCAUCGGGUAAUUUCAUUCCUCUCCACUUCAAAGCUUCAUGACGGUGAUAUCACCCUCCGACGCGUCUGCCCAUCGGUCAGUACAGUGAGCACUCAUAGUGUCACGGCUCUUAAGCCUCUUAGCUGCAUCAAUCAGCUUCAUUCCUAGACUUAGUCUGGUCAAUCCGAUCCAUCCUUCCCACUCGCCCUCCGAUGAUCCUGAUCUUCCCUUUCAUUUGACCCCAUUCCACCUCAUCUUACAGGCUGUCUGAUCUCCUCUCCUCCCUCCAUCUCUAUUUUAAAUCACCUUCCCCUCUCUGCCCCUGCUUCUUUUCCCUUUCCUUUCCCCUUCCCUCCCCUUUCCCUUUUGGAUGGCUUACAGGAUCGUCUCUCCUUGAUCGCCUCUUAUAUAUCAUAUCCAUCCUCCAAUUCCCUUUCCUCUUGCAUGUCAUUGCACCAAGUCACAGCAUGUUCCUCCGAUAUAAACUCUCCCUUUCGCCGUCCUCCAUGCUGUGAAAAGAAAAGAGAAACCCCUUCCUUCUGUAUAUGCUGUUCUCGUGGUCCAACCACCUGGCCUGAGUCAUGUGGAGACGAACAUAUCUACUCCUCCUGGUGAUCCGUGUUUACUUUGCCCUCUCCCCCAGUUAUCUUCAUCCCGAUGAAAACUUUCAGGGGCCUGAAAUUUUCGCCGGUCGAAUCUUUUCCUUCCCCUCCAGAUUACCAUGGGAGUUUGUCGCCGAGAAGCCGAUCCGCAGCGUUUUCCCAUUAUGGCCGACCUACGACGUGCCGAUGAGCCUGUUGAAAUGGUUCUACACCGAGACCGGAACCGCGAAUCCUCCCCCGCAGCUGGUCUACCACCUGAUCCGCGGGUGUAUGUUUCUGUUGAGCUUUGUCCUGGAAGACUGGGCGGUCUAUGAGUUGGUGCCCUUCCCGCGCCAGCGUCGCGCCACGGUGGUGCUGGUCGCAUCCUCGUAUGUCACCUGGACGUAUCAGACGCACACCUUCUCCAACUCCCUUGAAACGUUGUUGGUAGCCUGGGGUCUGGUUUUGAUUCGUCGCAUCGUGGAGAAUAAGAGACGCUCUUCGCUCUUCUCCUGCGCGGUCCUUUCUUUUAUCGCUGUCGCCGGAGUCUUCAACCGCAUCACUUUCCCGGCCUUCCUCCUUCUCCCAGGACUCCAGUUACUGCCUCAUUUCUGGCGCAAGCCCCUAUCCCUGGUUUGCUUCGGGGGGUUUGGUCUUCUGUUCUUCGGUAUCGCGGUCCUGAUCGACACGGCCUUUUACCACCCGUCCGCGUCGUUUUGGGCAGCGGUCUACGACCCGGUCAUCACGCCUCUGAACAACUUGCUCUACAACACCGAUCAGUCGAAUCUGGCUCUCCAUGGAAUCCAUCCUCGAUAUAAUCACUUCCUAGUCAACCUACCGCAACUUCUCGGACCCGCCUACGUGACGAUGAUCGCCUCGUCGAUGCUGAAUUUCCCAGCUGGGUUCUCUUGGCUGAAAGAUAUGCGCGCCGUUUCUGCCAUCUCGGCCACGGCCAUCCUGUCCCUCUUUCCGCACCAGGAACCCCGCUUCCUGAUCCCAUGCAUACCCCUCCUUCUGAGCUGCUUCCGCAUGGGCCCGUCCCGUCUGUUUUUGGCCGCGUGGGUGAUCUUCAACGCGGCCCUGGGAUUCUUGAUGGGGGUCUACCACCAAGGGGGCGUGGUGCCAGCUCAGAUCGCCAUGCCAUCGAUCAUCUCCACCAGCGCCAUGAAAGCGUCUGGCGGGGAGCUCCCCAGCGUCUCCGCAACGGUGCUCUGGUGGAAGACCUACUCCCCACCCCUGUGGCUCCUCGGAGACAACAGCUCCCUUCCGCUGGACAUCGAAACCAGAGACUUAAUGGGCAUUCCGGGACUUCAGAUGGCGCAGGAACUGGAAAAGGCAGUCCCAUCCUGCCGGUCCAUCAAGGACUCCGACAACGCUAACCACCCGGUCUUCGUUGUGGCGCCCAAAUCGGCCACGUUCCUCGACCGAUAUAAGGCCCCGUCAGCGGAUGCGUCCGACCUCCAGCUCGUCCAGCUCUGGUCCUACAGCAAGCACCUGAACCUAGACGACCUCGACUUUGGUGACGACGGGGUCAUUCCGACAUUGAGACGCGUGAUUGGCCGUCGCGGAUUGGCCGUGUGGAAGGCCGAUAGGAUUUGCGAUUGACCUGCGUCAGCUGGUCCGGGGUAUACCAGCUUGGCCGAGGUGUGCAACCACCUCUCUAUCUCUUUUUAUUGAUUUAUUGGUUUUUCAAAUGAAAGUCUGGCGCUACCAUAAUCGUCUCUACACCGCAUGUUCCUGCCCUUCCUCUUAUUAUUCCUCACUCUUCUCGCAUUCGCAUUCUCCCUUCUCACCCCACAGCUUCAACUUUCACCCCCACGCCUUCAUUUUCAGCGAUCAUCUACUACCUGUUUUGUCGUCCUCACCACAUCAAAAACUCACCUCUCAUCUCCCCACCCCCACCAUAUCAAUCAUAUCAUGCGUAUCCGCUAUACCCCCUAUUCUCUCGUCUUCCGGACUCCCCCCGCCAUACUUUAA